UGUUAAACAAUUUUCGGAAGGGGAAAAGAACAAAUUAAACACAGGAAUUAACAAAUUUAUAUGAAAAAUAGACCCUAGAAGUGUUAGAAACGGCCAGGGGGAUAUCCAGGGAACUUCGCGUAAACGACGAACGACGAGAGACCUCGAGAAAAAACGCCGAGCAAACAAUUCAAGUGUGUUUGUGCGAAUUGAUUACAAAAAUAAAGGUAUUUCGAGAGGUGAGCGAUAAAAACGCGUGUGUGCCUGGAGAGGAUUAGAUAUCCCCAAUUAGUAACCACACAAUUCGGAAGACCCAGGCUGAUACCUCAACUCCAAUCCGCCGGAGUGGGGCCGCCACCUACGAUAUGUGAUCAGUGCGGCUCUCCGGAGGUUUAUGCAAUGUUCUAGCUCUCGGCGAGACGGAGGAGUAGUAGCCGGAGAAGCCUGUCCAGAUGACCGGAACCACUAUGGAGGCACAGGUCAAGGCAGCACAUCAUCAUCAUCUACACCAUCCAACGGGCGGAGGAGCCCAGCACAAGGAGGAAGAGGAUCCAGAUCCCGUCGAGGACGAAAUGACUGUACUGCUGGCUAACAAAAACUAUCACUAUGACGCAGCCUCUGAGCUGGACGACGAGGCCUUUGUGGAGCUCAAAGAGGACACCACCCAAGACGAAGCAGCCGGUGCAGUUGGCUUCUACAAUCCGGAUGACCUGUUGCCUGAGGAGCAACCACAUUCGCAGGUCACCUGGUUGGAUGACGACGAGAUCGAAACACUGGAUCGAGUAACCCUCGACAUGGGCAACAUGUUCUUUAAUCGUGUCGACAGUCAGGACAUCAUAUAUCAACAGAAAAAAAAGAACAUCAAGAUGGUGGGAAAGUACAUCAUGGGCGAUGUCCUGGGCGAGGGAUCCUACGGCAAGGUGAAGGAGGCUAUGAACUCGGAGAACCUCUGCCGGCUGGCCGUCAAGAUCCUGACGAAGCGGAAGUUGCGUAGGAUUCCCAAUGGCGAGCAGAACGUAACGCGGGAAAUCGCCCUGCUGAAGCAGCUGAAGCACACGAAUGUCGUGCAGCUGGUGGAUGUUUUGUACAACGAGGAGAAGCAGAAGAUGUACCUGGUCAUGGAGUACUGUGUCGGUGGACUGCAGGAAAUGGUUGACUAUCAGCCGGACAAGCGGAUGCCACUGUUCCAGGCUCAUGGUUACUUCCGGCAACUAGUCGACGGUUUGGAGUACCUGCACAGCUGCCGAGUGAUUCACAAGGACAUUAAGCCAGGCAACUUGCUGCUGUCCCUCGAUCAGACGCUUAAGAUAUCCGACUUUGGAGUGGCCGAGCAACUGGAUCUGUUCUCGCCGGACGACACGUGUACGACGGGCCAGGGAUCUCCAGCUUUUCAACCACCUGAGAUCGCUAACGGACACGAGACCUUUGCUGGCUUCAAGGUGGACAUCUGGAGCAGUGGAGUGACACUCUACAAUUUGGCUACUGGACAGUAUCCCUUCGAGGGGGACAAUAUUUACCGACUGCUAGAGAACAUCGGGCGUGGUCAGUGGGAGGCGCCCGAAUGGCUCUACGAGAUGGACGCAGAAUUCGCCAAGCUGAUUCUGGGCAUGCUGCAGGCUGAUCCCAGUAAACGCCUUUCUCUGCAGGAAAUACGCCACGACACUUGGUUCAGAUCAGCACCGAUUGUGACUGGCCCACCGAUACCCAUUCCCCCGCUGAAGGGCGACAAAUACCGGAACUCAACGGUGAUACCUUACCUGGAAGCUUACCACUAUGGCGAUCAAGACCAGGAGGAUGUGUACUUUACCGAGCACGACGUGAAUCAAGAGCUCGCCCGCCAAGCGGCUGCUGCAGCGUCCGAAAUCCGGGCCAAGCAGUCAGCAGCGGCACAUGCCGCUUGCCACGCCUACGAGCCGCCUUCCACAAGUGCUGCCGCCGCAGCCGCCUCCGGAAAUUCCGUGGGCAACGGCAGCAGAGAAGAAGCGCCGGUGAAGAAGAAGGGAUCAGCGCUUAAAGCGUCGCGCUAAGAAGCUAACGUCUUGCAUCUCCGUGCGCAAACUGAGCCACUGCCGGACUUCAUAGGCACAUUUGUUGCCGCCACUAAAACAUAGAUGCUAAGUGUAAUCGAAGGAAUAACUUUGUUAACAAAUUGUGAGGAACUUUUUGGUUUUGUUUUCCCCGUUUUUGUUGUCCUACAUUCGCCAAGUAUUUGUAACCAUAGAACCAUGUAGGAAUGCCAGAAGCUCCCUGGACGCCCACGCAGUAGCAGCAUCAGCAAAGACUUAAAGUAAGCUGAUGUGGGCGGUUUUUUUCUUGGGGCGUGGAAGCGAUCGGUAGACACGAAAGCUAUAUAUAUCCAUGUGACAAUACUGUGUAUUAUAUGAAACAAAUGAAAGCGUAAAUUAGUCGUUAAUAUAUAUAUGAUGUACUGAAGGCAGCCGAGGAUUGCUGAAGGAGACGGUGCCCAUCGGUUCGCACACAUAAAGAAACAUGUUCAAAUGAAA